AUGCCCGAGAGCGGUUGGUCCCGUGAGCGCGAUCGCGACCGCGACCGCGAUCCCCCGCCAAGCCGGCGACAGAGCAUCACGGAGCGACUACGUGGAACCUUCAGCCAGGCUCGCAAGGACACCGCCGCGACGAUUCAGCGUCGCGCAUCGUCGGCGACCAGACAGUCGCCCAUUCCGCGCAUCAGGGAAUGGCUCGACACCUGCAAUGGCCAGCAUCAUAAUCACUGCAGCGGGGACAGGCCCUCGGAUGUUCCGACCUGGCGCCCCGUCUAUCUCAUUGACACGGUUGAGCGCUGCCUAGUCCGCGCGAAGCCUACAGACCGCUACACCGCGCUCAGCUACGUUUGGGGUGUCGCGACCCGUCGAGAUGGCCCCGGCGGCGUUGCGCAACUCCUGAGCAGCAAUGCCGACGCCUUACAGCUGGGGCUCGCAGACGCAGACAUCCCCAAGACUAUACUCGACGCCAUCUGGCUCUCCAAGAAGCUCGGCAUCCGGCAUCUCUGGGUUGAUAGGCUUUGCAUCACUCAGGAUGACGAGGCAGACAAGGCUGAUCAUAUCGAGCACAUGGCGUACGUCUUCGCCAACGCCUACCUCACCAUCGUCGCUGCCUACGGCGACGUCGACACGGGUCUGCUGCCUCUGGAUCCGCGGCGGCCGACCCGCACUGCCAAAGGCGGACCCCGGGAGCACAACGACCUGCUGCUGUCGUCGAGAUGGAACACGCGCGGCUGGACGCUGCAGGAGCUCCUGUACUCGCGGCGCGCCGUAUUCUUCUUCGAAGACUCCGUAACGUGGGAGUGCCACUGCGACCUCUGGCAGGGCAGCCCGACAGGCGUCCUCAAGGCCAUGCGCGGGAAGCGCAACGAGUGCAACAACCGCCUCUCGUCCGCCGCCUUUGGCUACCAGCAUGCACCCUGGCCCGACCUCGACGAAUAUGCCCGCGUCGCCAUGGAUUAUAGCUCACGCAGGGUGACGCUCGUGGACGAUACGCUGGCGGCCUUUUCGGGCAUCACGCAUGUCCUUUCACGUGUCUUUGCUGGCGGGUUCGUCUAUGGCAUGCCUCUGAUGUUCCUCGACGUCGCGCUGCUGUGGAGGCCGCAGGCGACCAUACGGCGACGAGCGCUUACCAGGCCGCCAUUUCUGCCGUCAUGGUCUUGGAUGGGCUGGUGGUUCGACGGGAUACCGGUCGAUUUAACACUGUGGAGAGCAGGCGCCGAUUACGUCGAGGAAACGAGGGCAACCAAGCGUGGGCAGGGCUCAAAACGAUUCCAGCCCACCCACUCUUUCAGAAUCAAGCCGACUGUGACGUGGACUCUUACAGACCGAGCCAACUCUGUUCCCAUAACGAACAACGGUCUGCAGUAUCGAGAACUGCGGUCACGCAAGAGCGCCAAUGCGCAACUGCCGCCUGGAUGGGUUAGAUCAGGAGGGUCACACUUCAAGCAUGACAGCGACGAGCUGACCGUCUUCAAAUACCCGGUGCCGGUCGAGGAGCCGCCAGAGGAAGGCGACUACGACCCUCGACAUCGCGAGAGACCACUUCCCGGGCCCCUCCUCGCCUUCAAGACCACAGCUGCCUUCUUUGACGUCGAUUAUGCGAUAUCCAUGACUCCAAAGGAGAAGCCGAACCCGCCCAUCGCCGCCGGCAACAUUUGGAGCAGGUCCGACAGGUGGGUGGGCGAAUUUCGGGCGCACGACGGCUGGCUGGGGGUGCAGUCGUCCAAUUACGACGGCGACGAAAAGCUCGAGUUUAUUGCCAUCUCGACAGCUAUGGAGCGCAAGGGCUCAUACGUGUUUAGUAUGGAGAGGUUCGAGGAGAACAUGGAUUCGGAUGAAAUCAUUGACAUUGUGAACGUAUUAUGGAUUGAGCGGAUAGCUGGCGUGGCGUACAGGAGAGGCAUCGGUCACAUUUUGCAGAAGGCGUGGGAUGCCCAGGCCAAGGAUGAGGUUGAUAUUUUGCUUGGAUAG